AUGAGUACAUUGCCUGUUGUCGCCAUGAUAUUCACCAUCGUGUCGAAGGCCAUUCUUUUCGUAUUGUGUUAUCGGAUCAACAAUCCAACGAUGCGCGCUCUUACUGAAGACAAUCGAAAUGAUGUGGCUUCAAAUACUGUGGCACUUGUGUGUGGAAUUAUCGGUUCGAAUGCUCUGCACCAGAAGAUUAGACAGGAAGCUAUUGUUGUCGACCCAAUUGGGGCCAUCAUUAUUUCAAUUUACAUCAUAAUCGUUUGGAUUCGGCAUGGCAAAGGACAAGUUCGCUGCCUAACAGGUCUGACGGCUGAUCCACUCUUUCUGCAACGGAUUACCCAUGUUGUCUACAAUUUUCGCCCUGAUCUAAUAGCAAAAAUCAAAAAUAUUCGAGCUGUUCAUCAUGGUACGAAAUUUUUCGUCGAAGUUGAGAUUGUUGUGUCAGGUUCAAUGCCUCUGGCUAUUAUACACGAUGUCCGAGAGGAACUACAAAACCAACUUCAAAAAGUACCCGAUAUUGAACGAGCAUCUGUCCAUGUCGAUUCUGAAGUUACACGCGCGUUAGCAUAUGAAGACAAUGUCGUUUGA